GGGGAACAAUGCGAGUGAGCAACUUCAGGAAGUCAUUGUGAAAGAAAGCUGGGAAGAGCCGGGCGGCCAAGUUAACAGGGCACUCUAACAAGUGCCUGCGCGGCCCGCGCGCGGGGCGGCGACUGCGGCGACAGUCCCUGGGUCCCCGCGGAGCGCGGCCGAGCCGGUGGGAGGCUGGGCCGCGGCGAGGCGGCCGACCCCGCGAGCCCGGCAGAGCAGAGGGAGCCCGGGCUCCGAGGUCGCUCUUCGCCCCCGAGGACCAGUCUUGGCCCCCAAAGCGCGACGCACACACCCACAUAACCUGAGGACAAUGGAUGCUGAUGAGGGUCAAGACAUGUCCCAAGUUUCAGGGAAGGAAAGCCCUCCAGUAAGCGACACCCCAGAUGAUGGUGAUGAGCCCAUGCCUGUCCCUGAGGACCUAUCCACCACAUCUGGAGGGCAGCAGAACUCCAAGAGCGAGAGAGGAGUGGUUACAUAUGGGGCUGAUGGCUUUAGGGAUUUCCAUGCAAUAAUUCCCAAAUCUUUCUCUCCCAGUAAUGUUAAAGUAGAGACUCAGAGUGAUGAAGAGAAUGGGCGUGCCUGUGAAAUGAAUGGGGAAGAAUGUGCGGAGGAUUUACGAAUGCUUGAUGCCUCAGGAGAGAAAAUGAAUGGCUCCCACAGUGGCCAAGGCAACAAAGCUCUGUCAGGAGCUGGAGGCGUUCGACUUCCUAACGGCAAACUAAAGUGUGAUGUCUGUGGGAUCAUUUGCAUCGGCCCCAAUGUGCUCAUGGUCCACAAGAGAAGCCACACUGGAGAGCGGCCUUUCCAGUGCAAUCAGUGUGGCGCCUCCUUCACGCAGAAAGGCAACCUGCUGCGCCACAUCAAGCUGCACUCUGGGGAGAAGCCCUUCAAGUGCCAUCUCUGCAACUACGCGUGCCGCCGGAGGGACGCCCUCACGGGCCACCUGAGGACGCACUCCGUUGGUAAACCUCACAAAUGUGGAUAUUGUGGCCGAAGCUAUAAACAGCGAAGCUCUUUAGAGGAACAUAAAGAGCGCUGCCACAACUACUUGCAGAGCAUGGGCCUUCCAGGCACGCUGUACCCAGUCAUUAAAGAAGAAACUAAUCACAGUGAAAUGGCAGAAGACUUGUGCAAGAUAGGAUCAGAGAGAUCCCUCGUGCUGGACAGACUAGCAAGUAACGUCGCCAAACGUAAGAGCUCUAUGCCUCAGAAAUUUGUUGGGGACAAGUGCCUGUCAGACAUGCCCUAUGACAGCAGUGCCAGCUACGAGAAGGAGAAUGAGAUGAUGCAGACCCACGUGAUGGACCAAGCCAUCAACAACGCCAUCAGCUACCUGGGGGCCGAGUCCCUGCGCCCCCUCGUGCAAAUGCCCCCAGGCAGCUCUGAGGUGGUCCCAGUCAUCAGCCCCAUGUACCAGCUCCACAAGCCGCAUGUGGAGGGCCCCCCGCGGUCCAACCACUCCGCCCAGGACAGCGCCGUGGAGAACCUGCUGCUGCUCUCCAAGGCCAAGUCGGUGUCCUCCGAAAGGGAGGCGUCCCCGAGCAACAGCUGCCAAGACUCCACAGACACCGAGAGCAACAACGAGGAGCAGCGGGGCGGCCUCAUCUACCUGACCAACCACAUCAACCCGCACGCGCGCAACGGCCUGUCCAUCAAGGAGGAGCACCAGGCCUACGACGUGCUGCGGGCGGCCUCCGAGAGCUCCCAGGACGCCUUCCGGGUGAUCGGCCCGAGCGGGGAGCCGAUGAAGGUGCACCGGUGCGAACACUGCAGGGUGCUCUUCCUGGACCACGUCAUGUACACCAUCCACAUGGGCUGCCACGGCUUCCGUGAUCCUUUUGAGUGCAACAUGUGUGGCUACCACAGCCAGGACAGGUACGAGUUCUCGUCCCACAUCACGCGGGGGGAGCACCGCUUCCACAUGAGCUAAGCCCCCUGUGCGGCAUGGACCCCCUCCAAGAAAAGCACACGGGCCACUGCCCGCCCCUCCUGCCAGCAGCACGGACUGCGCCAGAACACUGUGCUUUGAUUUCUAGGUGGUGUUCUGUUUCGUUUUGUUUCAGUUGGUUGGUUGGGAUUUGAUUUGCUUUUUGAAAAUAAGAGUUUUAUUGUUAGGUGCAGGGUUACAUGUGGAGCUCCCAAAAUUGCUGUCUUAGUAGACGUUUCAUAGACUGCUAGCUGAACCCCACUCAUGCCGCUUCCCAGAAACCCCUCCUCCAAACUGCUUAUCAUUGUCAGACAGAACCUUACAAAAACAGGCCAAAGCCUGGGAAGGAAUGAGCCAGUUCACGCGUAAUUCACUCCGCACAGAUGUGGUUUCCCAGGCCCCGGAAGCCCCGAGCAACAGCACCUGAGGUGUGUCCCAGUGCCUGUGGGCUCCAGGUGAGCAGACGCCCCAGGUGAGGUACCGCCAUCGCAGCGGGGCUUAGACACCAUGCCGAGGCCACAGCCUGGGGCCGCAUGCAUCUAGGGCGGAGAGCCUGCAGUUUUUUAAAGAUGCUAUUCUAAGUCAUAUUCUACACAGGAAAAUACGUCAUUGGGGAAAAGCUGUGACCAUCAAGCACCCUGGGCAGAGGGCGAGAUGGUGGGAGGAGGGUGCAAUGGGAGGGACAGCCUUUCAGACUCAUCCUCCAUGUCCAAACCAGGCAAUACUGCUCGGCCCUUGAGGCUUGCUGCAGGUGGAGUGGACUCUUGUUCCUGUGAGUGUACUGGAGACUGUGGUCCUUUGCUUCCCAGCCCCACUCCUUCAAUGGCCAAGAGUCUUUCACUACAUUUGUAACACCCACCCUGAAAUUUGGACCUCAGUUCCUUUUGAGCCUCUCAGACAGUAAACUCCUCAGAAACCAAAGUGUUAUUCCCAAUUCCAAUCUUUCCUUUGGGUAUCUAUUCCCUCCAGGCUGGUUCUACCUAUGACCAGAAGCCUGUUUUCCUGCAUAAGGGCCCACCCACAAAAGUGCAUGUUUGUUUGUAGCCACAGGUCUAAAUUUCUUCCUGUUGGUAAAUUUCUUUCCCUAUCUUCACUGUAUAUUAUUCUUGUUUUAAAAUCCUUAAAAGAAGGAUUCAAAAUGACCAUUAAUUUUCAGACCACAGAAAUAAGACAAGUGAAGCCAUCCAGUGUUGCUGGCACACAGAACCUACCUGCUUGAAACUAACCUUUCAAACAGUCUGAAACUCUCUCCUGCAAGGACAAAGCAGCACCCGGGUGCCCACACAUAAAUACGAUGGAUGGCCCCGCACCCAUUCUCACUGGGUAACUGGGUGACCAGCCCAUGAGGGAGAACAGGGAAGGGGCAGGUGACGCUGGAGGCAGAGCUUCCCCUGCAGGCUUAGACUUCCAGUGCUCUCUGCAGCCCCAGUGCAGUGCUUGGGGGUCCGAGUCCCAACCAGAGAGGGGCUUCCUUCAGGGCUAUCCCCUCAUUAGGAAAAUAAUCCUGACCACCUAACAAGGAAGAGCACACAAUUUCAGAUGUUUACAGUUCUUGUCUUUGCCAAAACUAAACCAAGAUGUACAUGAGAAAACAGGAAACAGUGCAUGUAAGCACCUCCACAUGUCAUCCCAACCCUGGGUGCCUGUCACAGUGCCAUUGACCUUGGGGCUGGAUGAUUCCGUGUCAUGGGGACUCUCCCGAGAACUGCAGGGCAUUUAGCAGCAUCCCUGGUCACCACUCAGUAGAUGCCAGUAGCAUCUUCAGUUGACCACCAAAAAUCUCUGCGGACGUUGCCAAAUGUCCCCUGGAGACAAACACCCCAAGUUGAGAACCACUGCUAGAAAUGAAUCUAAGUCAGUGAAAGGUCUGGGGACCUUCCAGAAAUAAAAACACUGGAAGAAUUUUCCCAGGGAGCAGCCAGAACCUGACUCGUGUUCCUUUGGAUUCAUUAUAGACUCUGCAAAUGAAUUACUCACCCUCAGUCUUUAGAAACAGGCCUGCCCGAGUGCAUUUGAGUUUGUUGAAAGGAGGGAGUCUACACAGAUAGCAUUCCUGGGUUAUGGGUUUCUUUGAUUACAGAAUGGUGUAGCAUUUUGAAACAGGAAAUAAAAUGGUAAUAAUUUAGACCAUGGCACACCAGUGCCCUGAGUAAAAGAGAGUAGAUAGGAGCUGGCUGCUGACAGCUUGAGGCCAAUAUGCAAUUCCUGAGAAAGAUAACACUUCCUCCAAGUGAACACGUUCGAGGUGAUAGACUUCUUACCAGCUUGCUGGCCAGUUGCACCCGUUCUGUUCCAGUCCAUCCAUCCACAGCGUCAAUUAGUUGAAAGGAGUUAUUUUUCCCCAUGGCUUCAAACAAAGCUUACCCAGAAUUGUAAAUAAUCGCUACAGGAGUUCUUUUUAAAAUGCUUUCCCCUUCCUCCCACGGCCUUUUAUAGCCUAUAUAACUGUCUAUUUACACACCUUUUAUUGUGGUUUCUUAUCGUAACACCAUGUUUCUUUGAACUAUUGUAUUUAAAGUAAGGUUUCACAUAACGUCAACAAGUAAUUAAAUUAUGUUUGAGAGGUGGCCAUAUUCUGUACCAAAAGCUGUUACCGUUUUGCACCUAGCUGGUAAAAGUAGGAUUCUGCAUGACCUCACACCUUUUCUUUGUGUGGUUUGUUCUGUUGUUUGAGGGUGUGUAUGUCCUGGGAACCGCUGCGUACUGAAGUGUGCCUACAUUUCACGCACUCUCAUGUGUUUAAGUAUCAGAGAAAGGAGAGCCGCUAUAGCAGGUUGAUCUGUUGACUUCAACGAGAAAUCACUGUUUAGUGUUCCUGCCCCACCUGUCACCCAGCUUCCCUCCAUGCAGAGCCUGGACUCCUGCCCCCUGCCCAGGUCCCUUCUGUGAUGGGUGCCACAGAGCAUGGGCUUGACCUAGACGAAGAGUCCCUAAGAACUGUGUUACUGCUUUAUCACCAAAGGGCAUGUCCCAGCACCAGUCACUUCAGAUGCCAGCAUGUUCCACUUGCUGUUCAGAAUCAACAAUGUAAUGAAAUUUUAAAAUCUUCCUUGAGAAAAAGAACUACAUGUUACAAGAAUGUGAGUUUUGUUUCUGUUGAGUUUUUUUCCUAUUUUUGUGCGAUUUUUUUGUUUUGUUCAGAUUACUUUGUGACUCUUAUAGAGUCCUCUUUUUGCCAAAACAAAAGCAAGAUGAAAUGGACUUAUAUACACAAACCAUGAAGCAAAUGUAUUUCUCUGUCCUGCUCUUAAGUUCCAGCAAUAAUGAAGGGUCAACUCUACUUAAAAUCCAGAUCUCUCUCAUUCAGUUCAAUGUGGAUUUUUUUACUUUAUAGUGAACCAAAAUCAGACUUAUUUAAGAUGUCCAGGCAUCAGAAAAAAAGCACAUAUGCUCUUGUUGCAUAGCACUCACUGUGAACAAGUGUGACGAGAUAUUAAUAUGCAAUAUUGUUUCCAAUACUUUCUAAUACACUUUUUUACAAUGUUGUGUGUGGUGACUGUUAAGGUCCAAUUUGUUUGUAUUCAAUGCAGCUUUAGGUCUUCAGCUGCCACUCUGGCAAAUACAUGUACAGGAUUGUAAAUGAGGAAAUGCAGUUGUAUUUCCAACCUGCCUCUACGAUGAUGUUAAAUUAUUUCUGUUUAGCUGUGAACAAGGGGUGUAACCCCUGGCGGAAUAGAGUAUUCUUUUGUACACA